AUGUCUUCUGAUACUAUUGCAAGUAGUUCUGGUAUUGGCGCUACUAUUGGUGGUGGUGCUGCUGCUGCUGCCAAUAGUAAGAAACAGACGAUGUCUCCUCCCUUCGAAUCUCUUCUGUUGGACAAAAAUAAUGAGAUUUCAAUCCAAUGCAUUCUUCCCUUUGUUGGUGUUGGACAGUAUGCCUUUAUUGGAGCUGGCAACAAGAAGAUGAAGCAGCUAUACAAAGAGUACUGUGAAACUGAACUCAAGAAACAUCCAAGAGAGGUAAAAUAUUACCCUGGAGAGUAUCCUUACAAGCGCUCUGCAGAAGUCACAGAUACUCUUUGCAGUGAAACAUUCUGUAACCACCCAUGUGCAGAAUACUGGCUCAAGGACAAUUCCAGCAAUAAGAGACCUGAUCAUUAUCAUGUUUGCACUGCCAUUGCCAAAAUUGGAAGUAUUACUCUCAUGAAGUGGGCACGACAAAAGGGAUUCCCAUGGAAUGAGCAGACAUGUGCUGGAGCGGCUAGAAAUGGACAUUUUGAAUUACUCCGAUGGUUAAGAGAGAAUGGUUGUCCAUGGAAUGCAGAUACAUGUGGGGCUGCUGCUGGAAAUGGCCACUUGGAUAUUUUGAAGUGGGCUCGCGCUGCUAAAGGUGGCCACUUGGACAUUUUGAAGUGGGCUCGCGAAAAUGGUUGUCCAUGGGGUACCAGCACAUGCUUAGGCGCUGCUCGAAAUGGACAUUUGGAGAUUUUGAAGUGGGCUCGUGAAAAUGGUUGUCCAUGGAAUGAAGGUACAUGUGCCUAUGCUGCUGAAAAUGGUCAUUUGGAAAUUUUGAAGUGGGCUCGCGAAAAUGGCUGUGCAUGGAAUGAAGAGACCUGUUUCUAUGCUGCUGUUGGUGGCCAUUUGGAAAUUCUAAAGUGGGCUCGUGAAAAUGAUUGUCCAUGGAAUGAACGGGCAUGCUCAGGCGCUGCUAAAGGCGGCCACUUGGAAAUUUUGAAGUGGGCUCGUGAAAAUGGUUGUCCAUGGGGUACCAGCACAUGCUUAGGCGCUGCUCGAAAUGGACAUUUGGAGAUUUUGAAGUGGGCUCGUGAAAACGAUUGUCCACGGAAUGCAGAGACAUAUCAUUAUGCCCGGGUGAAUAACCAAAGUGAAGUGCUCCAGUGGCCACGUGACAAUGGCUGCCCUGGGGAUCUUGAUGAAGGACACUAA